AUGUGCCACCAGUACCGGUACCGGCAACUACAAGCGCCGCCCGUCGUCGCCGGGGAGCCGGGCGGCCCCACCGCCGCCGUCAACCUCGUCUUCUCGCCGGUGUCCAUCUACGCCGCGCUAGCGCUGCUGGCCGCCGGCGCCCACGGUGGCACGCUCCAGGAGCUCCCUGACGCGCUCGGCGGAGACUCCCGCGACAACCUCUCCGCAUUCGCCCGCCGCGCCGCGGAGCGCGCGCUCGCAGACCGGUCGCGGUCGGGUGGGCCGGCCGUCGCGUUCGCGUGCGGUGCGUCGCAUGACACGGCGUGGGCGCUCCUGCCGGCCUUCCGCGACGCUGCCGCCGCGUCCUACAAUGCCGAGGCGCACGCCGUCGACUUCAGUAACGAGCCGGAGAAGGCAGUUGGCGAGAUCAACGGCUGUUGGGCGGCGGCGACUAACAAGCACAUUGACUCGAUCCUAGAUCCAAGUUCAGUGAACACACUUACAAGCCUCGUGCUCUCCUGCGCCAUCCAUUUCAGGGGCAGAUGGGAGGCGCAGUUCGCCAAGGCGCACACGGUGGUGGACAAGUUCCACAGCCUCGACGGCAGCACUGCCGACGUGCCCUUCAUGUGCUCAGUGCGCAGCCAGUACAUCGCCAUCCGCAACGGGCACAAGGUGCUCAACCUCCCAUACAGAUCCCCGGCACCAGCACCACGUAAGGGAUCAUCAUCGGAGAGCAAUGUUGGCGAUGACCCCGCCCCGAAAUACUCCAUGUGCAUCUUCCUGCCUGACGAGCGGGACGGGCUCCCAGGUCUCAUUGAGAAGAUGUCCUCCGGCCCCGGGUUCUGGCACUACCGCCUGCCGACCUUGCAGGUCCCCGUCGGGGACUUCCGGCUGCCCAAGUUCAAGCUGUCCGCCUCCGGCAGCGUGAGGCAGGUGCUGAGAAACGGCAUGGGGAUCAAUUCCGUUUUCGUUGCUGGCGAAGCUGACCUGGCCGACAAGGCGGCCAAGCGCGACGAGGACGCUGCUGGCACGCCGCUGUACGUUGCCGACAUCUGCCAUAAGGCGGUGCUCGAAGUGAACGAGGGUGGCACCGUUGCCAUUGGUGCCACCGAGGUGUCUCGUGCUAUCAUCUUUGUUGGCCGCGUCCUCGACCCUUCGAUUUCAGGGUGA